GUAUCUCCCGAGGACAUGAAUGUCCUCUUACUCCUAUCCUUGAAGUUGAACUUUUUGAUGUUUGACGGAUUGACUUCAUGGACCUUUCAUCAAUAUGCGAUUUUUGGAGAUGAAUGUCACAUAAAUUAGAAUCGAGGGAGUACAUGUUUUUGGAAUGAUUUUAGCAUUUGAACAUUUAGUUGUGAACAAAGGUGAAAAUUGUAACUAUAUAAAGUGAUAAAUAGAAAAUAAAUUUUCUGGCUGGAACGAUUCUCUGCAAAACAGUCAUACUUUUUACCUUUCCACUCUGAGCUAGUGUACGAUGGAUAAACAUGGAGUCGAAGCUUCGAGUCCUCUCGCCACAAUUGAAGACAUUCAAAAACGCCUUACUCGUCCUCAACAAUCAUCGUCCUCUGUCAUCGCAAUCGCACCUCAUCUAUCGAAUGUAGAUAUAUCUCCAUUACAGAAACGGAGAAAACUUACUCGUUCUCCUCAUCAGCAAUCUUCGUCCUCUGUUAUCGCAUCUCAUAUGUAUGAAUUACAGCAGGAUAACUCAACUAAUGUGGAUUCAUCUCCAUUACAGAAAAGGAGAAAAUCGAUAGCUGUUAAAGUGAGGUUAGAAGAUUACUUCGAUCUAUCUCUCCUCUCUGCAACUCGCGCAAAAAUGAACAGCUCUCUGAAGAAACAAAGUAGAAAGAUGAAAUUGAAAAGCGAAUUCGAGGAAUUUGUGUGGCCUGCAGAAGGAGAUCAUCAUGAUUCGGAGUUAUACUCAGAAAAUAGUAGAAGAACAGAUGAAGCAAUUGUUGAUCUCAAAAACGACAACGACGAUUCGUUCGGCGACGGUGAAGAUAAUCAUGUGUGUUCCGUGGAUCCGUUUCAACGGUUUGAAUCAACGGCACUGAUGCGAUUCAAGAGAUGAUCAAAAGAAAUUGCGUUCGAGAGAAAGAGGUAAGUCAGAGCAUUGGCGCCAAAAAGUGAGU